UGUCGCUUCCGAGCACGUGUGUUUUUUUGAAACGCGGUGCUGAAAAUUUUGAAACGUUACGCCCGUACGAGCAUACUACGUGCACACGUACGCAGAUCUGGAGAGAUCCCGCGUGCACCCACACGCUGCCUCAAUUGCUGCGCGCGCGCGCGCGCUCCUAUUGUUUCCCUCUCGUGUUCGCGCGGACGUGACUGCGUAAAAAUGGGCGAGUACACAAACGUGUACACCUUCCACGACAAGAGCCUGGCCGAGCGACUCGAGGAGUACACCAGCAUACUGUCCGGGCACGGGCGAACGGUGCCCGCGUCGAGCAUCAAGACGGAAUGGGUCUGCGACGUGGAGCUCGUCAUCGAGCCGGUCGGCUGGCAGGCGCUAUGGAAGAUAUCGCGCCUCACCUGCGAGAACUACGGCAUCCGCUAUCCGACCAUCGUCAAGGUGGAGGUGCUGGGGAUGGACUACCCCGUGCUCAACGCCCUGGUGAAGAUCACGGCGGUCCAGGACGAUAUACACCUGCCCGAGAAGCACGAGGUCCCGCUCAUCGAGCUGUACCCCACCAUCGAGCAGGCCAACCACAGCCUGGACAUCGUUGGCACCGCGCACUGCGUCGACCGCCUGCGCUUCUUCUACAAUUACCUGUGGAUGCCGUGGGACGAGGACGAGGACGAUAAUAUCGACUGGGUGGAGCAGCACCUGGAGCGCAGGAUCAGGCUCUUCUUCGACAUGAACAACGGCGUCAUCGGCAAGGAGACGUGCGACAUCAUCAGGUCGCUCAUCAGCGAGGGUAAGGAGGUGCAGAAGAAGAUCUCGACUUACGAGGCACUGCUGCCCGAGAAUUUCCACGAGGACGACGUGCCCGAGGAACUGGCGCUGGAGACCUGCACCCUGAUGAAGCUGCACUUUCGCUUUCAGCAGAUCAAGGCGGAGAUGGACCUGCUGGAGAAUCCCUCCCUGAGGGGCUUGCUCGGCAAGAAUCAGCCGCAUAAUCGAAGAAAAAAGCACAGCGAUAGCGAAAACAGACAAAAGGUGUAUUACUUUGUGUGGCCAGGGGGUGCCGUCAGGCAGCUACUGGAGCUUUCUAACAAAAUUCAAACCAUGUUGCCCGGGGAUGCGACUGUCAAAAUCUGCGGCUAUCUGGACGACGUUGUGGAUACAUACGAGACGGGCGAUUAUAUUUUACUGGGCGAAGGAAACUAUUCGAUCAAGAACUCCAACGGGUUACAGGACGGGGUUACAAUUAUAGGACUUUCCAGCACGGAAAACACGAUAAUUUCCCCGCACGAUCCGUACAUGUCGUCGUCCCUGUUCGACUUGUGCAACACUGAGACAUUGUUAAGGAAUAUCUGCGUCGACUUGGGAGCACUUCAGGCAGGCAUAAUUAUCAGAAAGGGCUGUACUGUACUUAUAACUGGUUGCAGAAUAUGCGUCUCUAAUGCCACUGCAAGUAGCAGUGCUAAAUGGGGUGCGGUUGUUAUGCCGGGGGCGAAGUUGGUUCUUGAGAAAACCGUUUUCCAAGGACUAGGCACCGCCAUCGUUAUUUACGGUACCGGCGAAGUCGUUAUGGAUAACUGUCGCUUCGAAGGCUACGAGGGUGUGCGGCUGAGCGAUAACGCGCGCUUCACCGCGACCAAAUGUUCCUUCGAACACGUCACGAAGGGACACGCCGUGGUGGUGGAAACCGAGAAGGUCACUCGUUGCGAGAGCGUGGAGGUGGAAGGCCAGUCGAGCAGCGCGGCCUUGAAAAACGUCUCUUUGAGCGAGUGCACAUUUGCCGACGACGACAGAGAGAGUAUCACGCUGAGACCGAAGGACACCGCCGCUAUCAUGCACGGGCAUAUUAGCGCUACCGUGGAAGAACCAGCCUCGAAAGAGGAAACUAUGGAGAUAUGAGUUUCGCAUUAUCUGUCGCAUUAAAUCCCACCCCCCCUCUCCCCCAUAGAUUCGUUAUCCUUUUGAUACAAGCUUAUUGGUAUAUUUAUGAGAACGGAUUUUAUAAACUUUCAAGUAUUUUUCUACAGAAAUAUAUCUGGUUAAGAAAACA